AUGGCGGCGGGGCCCGGGCGGGGGUCGGGGGGGAUCGAGGCGGUUUUGGGGGGUCCUGAGGGGGUCUGGAAGGGCGAGAGGAGCCGGGAGGGGGAGCUCGGGGUGGGGAGAGGGGGCCGUCGCCGUCCCAUGGAGGAGGAGGAGAAGCCCCCCCGGGGGGGGGAGGACCCGGCGGGGCCGGGCGAGGAUGGGGGGGGGCCUGGGGGGGCCCCCCCGGAACCUGAGGGGUCCCUGAGACCCAGCCAGGGGCUACUGAAGGCCCUGCAGCGCCUGGUGAGCGGCGGCUUCAUCUGGGGACAAGAGCCCCCCCGGAAGGCGCCGCGGCAGCGCCGGUGCUGGGGAGCCCGGCCCGAGGCCCCGGAAGAGGAGCUGGAGUUGGUGGCCGAGGUUCGCCUGGCGGAUCUGGGGGGGCUCGCGGCCGCCUCGGGGCUCCUGCGCCGGGAACGGCCCUGGAGGGUCCCCAAAGGAGAACCCGGCUCUGGGGGGUCCCGGCGGCGCCGCCGGGAACCCCCCGGAAUUCGGCUACGGAAGCGGCGCCGGCGGCGGCGCCAGCGGCGGCGCCGCCUCCUCUUCCUCGCCGGGCAAAGAGGCCGAAGGCCGGCAGGACCAGAAGUACGACCCCUUCGACCCCACGGGCUCCAACCCCAGCUCCUCGCCCAGCAGCCCCGAGGAGGAGGAGGAGGAGGAGGAGGAAGAGGAGGAAGAGGAGGAGGAGGAGGAAGAGGAGGAGGAGGAGGAGGAAGAGGAGGAGGAAGAGGAGGAGGAAGAGGCGCCGGCGCUUCCCGACGUUUCCCACAGCAUCCGAGAGACUUUGGCCGGGAUCUACGACGACAACAGCCUGAGCCAGGACUUCGAGAAAGAUCCGGAACCGGGACCCCCGAAAACGCCGCCGAACCCGCCCGGCGCCGACUCCACGCUGCCCGAGGAGGAGGAGGAGGAGGAGGAGGAGGAAGAGGAGGAGGAGGAGGAGAAGAGCGGGACGAAGGCUCCUCCUCGCUGCCGGAGCCGCGCCGCCGCGUCUUCGUGGUGGAUCUGGGCGGCAAAGGCCGCGCCGAGAGCGAGGCUCACGCCAAAUUCGACGGCAAACUCUCGCUGGAGGUGGUGACCCCCGGCAACCCCAAACCUCCCCAAAUCCCGCCGGCCCCUCCCCAAAAAACCGGCGGAUCCGGCUCCGGCGGCGCCGGCGGCGCGGCGAAAGCGGCGCGGCACCGCGCCCGGCGCGAGUGGAACGCGCCGGGGGACUCGGAGAUCGAGGAGGGUGAGAUCGUGCAGCCGGAGGAGGAGAGGUUCAGCCCUCCCCGCUCUUUCCGCGCCACCGGCGGCGGCACCGGAACCGGCAGCGCCGGCGCCGCCCGCGGCCGCGCCGCCGAGCCCCGCGCCGCUCGCCUCCCCGAGGGCGGCGACGAUUUCCUGUCGCUGCACGCCGAUUCCGACGAGGAAGGCGAUUUCGGCGCCGAAUCCCAACCGGAUCCGCGGUGGAAAAGCGGCGCCGGGCGGGCACCGGCCGGUUCCGACCUCCGGCGGAAAAUCCUCAGCCAACGCCGGCUGCGCGCGCCGCCCUCGCCGCGCUCGCCCUCGGCGGCGUCGCGGAAGAAAUCCAAACGCUCCCGCGAGCGCGGCGGCACCGGCGGCGCCGCUUCCUCCUCCUCCUCCACCGGCUGGGCCAAGAAAGCGCCGGAAGCGGCGCCCAAACCCAAAGAGCGUCACCGGCGCCGCGCUUCCCGCUCCCGCUCCCGCCGGCGCUCGUGGUCGCGGCGCUCCCGCUCCCGCUCCAAGCGGCGCUGCCGGCUCCGCAGCUCGGCGCGCUCGCGGCACAAGGAGAAACACCGCGGCGAGAAGAAGAAGAAGAAGCAACGCUCGCGCUCGCGGGAUCGCCGGGCGGCGCGGCGCGACGGCAAAGCCGAGAAGAGCGGCGGCGGCGACGCGGCGUCGUCAUCGUCGCGGCGGCGCGAGGCCAGGGCGGUGGUGCCGCCCUCGGUGCAGGAGUUGAACGAUUCGGAUCUUUUCGCCAUCAAAAGGACCAUCACGGUGAGCCGGCGCGGCCCACCGCCGCCGCCCACGCCGGAACCCAAACGCGAGGUUCUCUACGAUUCCGAAGGGUUGAGCUUCGAGGGCUUCUCGGAUCGCGAACACGCCGAGGCGCCGGCGCGGAAAAGCGAAGCGCGGCCGGCGGAAGGAGGGAAAAAGGAGAAGGAACGGAAACGCGGGCGCGGCGAGGAGCGAACGACGACGACGACGACGAGGGAAAAAUACAAGAAAAAAUUCAAGGAGUACCCGGAAAACAGCGAGAAAACCAAGGAGAAACAACGGGAAAAAUCGGCGAGGAAAGGGAAAACCAAGGACGGAGCGGAAUCGUCGUCGGUGAAAGCGCCGGCGGCGAGGAAGGUGAAGCUGCAAUCCAAGGUGUCGGUGUUGAUCCGGGAAGGCGUCAGCUCCACCACGGCGGCGGGCGGCGGCCGCCGGGAAGGAGAGCGGCGGCGCCGGAUCGCGGUGAAAUUCGCCCGCGACGCCGAGAGCCGCGCGCCUUUCCUGAAAGCCGAGGAGAAAGCGCCGGAAAAAACGCCCCAAAAAAACGAGGGGACCCCCAGGGAAACCGGGAGCGCCAAAACCCGCAAAUUAAAACCCCCCAAAACCAAGGGAGGGGUGAAGAAGAUGAAGGUGAAGACGAAGGGCGAGGCUCGCAAGAAGAGGAAAACCAAAACCAAAAGCGCCCUGAAGAAAUCCAAGGCCGACAGCUGCAGCCAAAACCCCUCCAACCUCCCCCAAAAAUCCGAAACGCUCUGGUCCGGCUCGGAAAAAUCCACCGGGGGUACCCCCAAACCGCCCAGCCCGCCGCUUGUCGGCACCCCAAAACCGCCGCCGGUUGUCGCCGCCGCCGCCGCCGCUCCGGUGACGCCGGCGGCGGCCGAGCGGGAGCUGACGCCGGAUUCGCAGACGGUCGACAGCAGCUGCAAGACCCCCGACGUGUCCUUCCUCCCCGAGGAGGAGGAGGAGGAGGAGGAGGAGGAGGAGGAAGGGGGUGGAGGAGCCCAACAGGCGGCCGGGGAGGAGGGGACAGGCGGAGGGGACGCGGCGGGAGGGGAGCCCGGAGCCGACGGGCGGUGCCAGGGGAAGGAGGAGGCGGCGAGGCCGGCGGUGCCGGCGGUGCCGGGGCCAUGGAGCCUGCAGGGAGGAGUGGAUUGCGCCACCAGCGGGGUGUUGGCACUGACGGCGUUGUUGUUCAAGAUGGAGGAGGCCAACCUGGCCAGCAGGGCCAAGGCGCAGGAGCUGAUCCAGGCCACCAACCAGAUCCUGAGCCACACCAAGGCCGCCCCUCCCCCCCUGGGCCCCCCCGGACCCCCCCCAGGACCCCCGGGACCCCCCCACGCCCCUCCCCCCUUCCUGCUGCCCCUGUACGGAGCCGCGGCCGGAGGGGACAGGAGGGACAGCGAGGGGCAGGGGGGACAGCGACAAGUACCUGAAGAAGCUGCACACGCAGGAGCGGGCGGUGGAGGAGGUGAAGCUCGCCAUCAAACCCUUCUACCAGCGCAAGGACAUCACCAAGGACGAGUACAAGGACAUCCUGAGGAAGGCUGUGCACAAGAUCUGCCACAGCCGCAGCGGCGAAAUCAACCCGGUGAAGGUGAACAACCUGGUGUGCGCCUACGUCCAGCGCUACAAAUACUUCCGGAAGCGCGGCCGCAAGGGGGGAGGGGCGGGCCGGGGGAGGGGCAGCAGGACCCCCCCCCGAAGAUUCCGGAGGACCCCAAAAUCAGGGGGGACCCCCAAAAGAUUUAGGGGAUAAACCCCCCCCAAUCCUUCCCCUCCCCCCUCUGUAAAUACCCCAAAAUUCCCUCUCCCCCCCCCCCUUA